AGCCAUUGAAGCCCGGAGCGGCUCGCUGUCGGGUGGCUCGAAACCUGCAGUAGGUGCCGGUGCGCGGGUUGUGGCCUGUGAAGAUGGAUGGGGACACCAGAAGAUGGGUGGUCGGGCAGGUGGAAGAUACGGCCCUGACGGGCUGCAAGCUGCUACGGAGUAUGCUGUCCGACAUGGGUGACGUGGUGUGCUGCCUCUCCGGGCUGGGCAUCGCCACGCCCAUCUCCGUGGUGCGGCCUGUGGGAUCAGUGGGCCUCAGCCGUCCACCCUCGCUUUGCGAGAUGUUACCGGUAGCGCACCGGCGGAGGAACAGGCCUUUCGAGGAGAAAAGAGUGACCGAUUGGUCGUUCGAAGGCUUGCUGGACACGCCCUUGAGGCUCUUUCGAAGCCCCGGACCCCCAGCACCAGGUCGCCCGGAGGCGGCUUCACCGGAAGCUCCAGAGGAGGAGGGUCUUCAGAUCCUAAGCUCCAAUGACCUCGAUGCCCUCGAGGGCCCAGUCGAGAUAGUGGAGGAACACACAUUCCAAGAGGUCUACUACUUGAGGGACAGUCGCCUCGUCGAAGGGCCCUGCGAGAGUCCUGCGUUGUCGGUCUGGUAUUUGGUUUGAGCCCACCAUGGUCCGGAACCCAUGAGAGCCUCCAGAGGGAUGUUUGAGAAGAGACGGUCCGCGAUCACAGUUGCCACCCGAAGGAAGUUGAGGAUCCCUCCCACCAUCAUGGAACUGGACAAUGGCAAAGUGGAAGGCCAUUUUCCUCUACCGAGGCAGGUUUGCCCACUUGCAUGUUUGUUGGAGGGAUUAGGUCUUCUCGGAUCCUCUUUUGUUCCCACAGGUUCUGGCGGAGGUGAUGUGACAUGUCAAAAAGCCUUCAGGGCCCACGGUCGGCCCACGGUCAACAUAUCAUGGAACUACAUGGAACUUUCAGAAGAAGGCAGGAUUCGGCAGGAGUUUCAUCCUCUCUUCUUUUGGCUGUGGGUCACACGUACAGAGCCCGGUUCACGCUGCUUUCUGUUCAUCUUCUGGAAUCCACCGUCCGCCCGUAUACUAACACGACCUGGACGCAAAGGAGAGAGCUGAAGGACAUUUUUGCUGUAUCAAGGUGUCCCUUUCUGUUGGAUUUUGCUUGGCUUAGUAGCCUUGACAUCCUCGACCCAUGCAGAGCAACCUCAGGCGAUUUUUUUGCGACCAAGUGUGGGCCGAGCUGAUGCGAGUCUCGGAUGGACAGAAUCGGACUGAGAUUCCGAGAGUGGAAUGGAACUUCCAGCUGCAACCACAGGACUGCCGCCUUACC